AUGAUACUAUUUUCAAACAUUUUUCAUUCUUCAAUCCAGGGUCACGUAGUUCCUAACCACCAUGUGCUAUCGGCUAUUCAAAUGCAUUUGCGAUAUCUGUUGGUUGUUUUUACCAUAUUUGAAGAACGUUAUAUUAUUAAAACAGGAAAGAACCUAUUGAAACUGAAUAACCCGAAAAAAUCACAACAAGUUUUAGGUUGUGUAACAAAUAUAAAAAGGGAAAGGAAAGACGCCGAUAUGACGAAUGAGAAUACAAAAAGCGGUCACGUGAAAACUUCUGAUAAAAAUGCCAAGGACGCAAGAAAGAUCACACAAGAGAAACUACGGGCUGCAACGCGCGAAAGAAAACUAAGCGAAAUUCCAAUUGACAAGAGCAGCACGAUGAAGAUAAAUGAAUUUUAUGGUACUGAGGUUGUCUUAGACAUCGAUGAAAACGAAAUGAGAGAAGCAAACAACGAGUUCAGAUUCCUGAGGCGAGGAAAGAACGAAGAAGGCAGUGCAGAAAUAGUAGAUGUUGAACAGGCCGACGGUGAUAAGAUGCUUGGUGGGGAUGUAUGUGCAUCCGUAAUGGGCAAUGAACCAAGGGCAGUGGAAAACAGCAUCGGUCCUGUCGUCAAUGAUCCACCAGCGAAUCAUAUUUUUGAUCACUCGGCAGGACCAAGCAUUGUCUUGAAACAAAUACCAUUUGAAAAGAAAACUGGGCUCCAUGUCAAUGCACCAUCACAGCACUCCUUUGCACAAAAAAAGACAUCCAAACCAAAUAUUCCUAAGAAAAUCAGAAAGAAGCACGAUGAGACGCUCGCAACAACGUUCAAAAGCUUUUUUUCGUCCUUUACACCCAAGAAGAAAAGCACAAAAAAUGCCAGAGAUGGUAAAAAGGCUGUCUCUGGUACCACAACAAAAGCAUCUGAAAGCAUGACUUUUAUGAAAUCAGAAAUGAGCCUGGACGAGCUGAAAAUGUUUCAAGGGCGGGUGAAACAGUUGAUAGAAUAUUUUGAGAAACUCAAAGAAGGGAAUAACUGCUAGCGCGAAUGAAAUGCUUAGAUCAAUAAAAGUAUUUUAUAACCUC